CACUCUUGGAACCACAAUCAAGAUGGCCGCGCCCAUGCGAAUUGAGAUGAGGCAACGUACUACCACCAAUUUCUAAAGUUGUGUUAAAGUACAGCUAGAAUAGAGUUCACUGUCUUGUUAUGCAUGAAAUUGAUUAAGAAAUGUUCUUAGAACUAAAUAGUUACAUUGGAUUGGAUGCAAACGACCCACCGAAGGGUCAUCUGAUUCUUGCCACCGAUUCUUUGACCGAUGGCAGUUUCCUCGUACAUCAUUUCCUGUCAGCUUUUCUGAAAGGUGGUCACCAUGUUUAUUUUCUAGCCUUGGCCCAGUCCUUCAGCCAUUAUAAUGCUGUUGCACAGAAACUGGGAGUUAACUUAACCUCUGCCAGAGACAGCGGCCAGCUGACAUUUAUCAAUGGUUUGGACUUCUCCCUGCAACUGAUGCAUGCUGGGAUUAAUGGCAGCCAGGAGGACGAACUAAUCGCAUUCCAGUGUCUCAGAGACAAGACGGCCACAAUUCAGCCUCUCUACAACGUCAUCCGAGAUGCAUUAUCACCCAAACAAAGUGAACAGGGGAAGAGUGCGACCAGAUUACUAAUAAUCGACGACCUAAGUGUGCUCAUCUCCUUGGGACUCAGUGUUCAGCAAGUGAUGCAGUUUGUGCAUUACUGCCAGGCCUCUCAGCCAGAGACGACUGUAGUUUGCCUUGUUCACCACGAUGCCGAUGUCGAUGACGAAUGUAACGCCGCUCUAAUCACGCAACUCAGACACCGAGCUCACUGUCUGCUUCAGGUUCAAGGUCUUGGUAGUGGCUACUCUAAGGACGUCCAUGGACAGCUCAAGAUCGUCAAGAGAGAUCCAAGCGGAACCAGUGCGAACCGGAACCAACCGGACAAGACACUGCAGUACAAAAUACUGGACAAAUCGGUGACGUUCUUCGCUGUAGGCACCUCGUCGGCUGUUUUAUGAAAGCGCAGCAUGCUAGCUGAACUCGUAUAUAUCAUGUCGCAUUUUGUCCAAUAACUUUUUUUUAACACGGCAAAUGUUUUUUGUGCUCUCGUCACUUUAAAUAAAAUACAGUGACUUUCAUGAAGCCACACGAUCUAAGGAUUCAAUUUUCUUGAAGCUAUACAUUUUAUUCCAUUGGUUUUAAGUGAUAACAUGAUCAUGUCUAUAUACUUCUGUGAAUUAAAAAAAUAAUAAUGAG